AUGCUAACUUCUGCAGCCACGAAUGGAAUUUCCGCAGACUCGGCGUCUACGACCGCGCGUUCCACCGUGGACCCUGGCCCCUUCGCCGCUCUUUCAUACGAACAGUGCCUCGACUUUCUAGUCAGCUUGGCAAAGAUUGCUCAUGCAAAGGAGAUGGAGCUUCCUUCAGAGGAAAUGAUGUACGAAGAUGGAUACUUCCAGGAGUCCCAGGUUAACCUCGUUGCCCACUUGCACGAGACCUGA